AUGCAACCAAUCACAUUCCUCAGGUUAUGCCUUGGUCUUCUUCUCUCGAUAUUCUUCCUGGCAUCACUCGUCCAGAGCUCGCCCCUUCCACAGGAUAUUUCCAGCUCCUCUGGAGCAUUGGAAAUAAGAGGGAAGACUAGAGAUCUUUUCAAGGGUGUAUUCAGCAAGAAGCCCAAGAAGGGACAGUGCACGAACACUCAGAAAGAACUCCAAAGCAAUAGCCAGACUAGUUCUUCGAAUCUAGAAAACCUCUGGAAAACCGUCUCUGAAAAUAAACGAGCUGCAACAGGACAUGUACAGAAACACACAUUGGACCCGAAUACCGCCCAGAGAUUCGCUACAACUGAGUUCUUUGGCUGCACUAUUGUCACCGUCAUGGAUGGGCGCAACGUUUUCCUUGGCCACUUUGCUGAAGAGAACCACUGCGGCAAACUGCUGACCGACCCAGCCACUGUCGAAGAUGUUAUAAUUUUUAAAAUGGAAGAUUACUUCAGAGAAGGAUCUUGGUCGAGUGAGUCCAUGGCAUACAUCUUGUACAAACCACAGGGUGGCAGAGGCCAGACAGCGACUGGAUUGGAAAUGCUCAAGGCGGAGAUGGUCCGAGGCGGCUUGAGGGAGGACAACAUUCAGCUCAAGCCAUAUGCAGCUGUUGGGGGUGCGAUGGCGGAUACUUCCGGGCCCAAGGGCAAGGUCCUGGUGGACUGGACCAAAAAACAGGGAGGAGGAAAUCACUUGGCAUACUACGCAGAGUCCGACACGCCUGUGUAUCAACAGGACUUUGAUGCGCAAGGGAAUCCCUGUGCGGGUGCUGCUGAGGAAGAGUGUGAGACCUGA